AUGGUUGGCAGAGGAACGAUGGGCGGCGUCAUAUCCGCUGGAGCCGUCGCCUUCAGCGACAUAGCAGAGCCUGUACCUUCACUCGCCAACGCUGUGCUCCGAGCCAGCGUCAUGGGCGGUGCAUGGAGCUGCAGCAUAUGGACAGAUCGCAUGAAGAAGGAGGACGCGUACAUCGCUGGGGAGGCGAAGGCAGCGCAGGCGGUCAACUGUCUGCAUGAGUACUGCUACUAUGAGAACCUUGCAUGGGCCAGCAUCUCCUGCCUGACAGCUGUCGUGGGAUCCGCUGCAGCCUCGUGCAGAAGUAAGGUGCUGACACGGACGUGCCUGAUCAUCGUUGUGUUGAGAGGGAUCUACUGUGCCAGUGUUCUCGUCUUCGCACUCGUCUUCAAGACUUCGUGUCCCUACUGGGCUCUGAGCAAAUCCUCCUGGAUCCCCCUGAUCACUUUCGCUCACGUCGUUGCGUUUGCUGGCCUCCUCCUUCGUUUCUCUGGUGCCAUCGAGUCCCCGGAGAGCGUCCACGAGAAGUCAGAGAUGGAGCCUAUCGACAUGUUAUCGGACCUCGACUGGGAGGUUUCUUGA